AUGCGAUCCAAGCAGCAGCCACGUCCAUCUUACCGAUGGAUGGACAACGAGAAGGACGCAUCGAAACCCUCAGACAUCAACAUUCUUCAAGCAGAAAAUCUUGUCACAGAUGAUUUCCACCAAGAUGAACUCGAGAAUGUUGGCGUUGAAGGACCGGACAGCAAAGAUGUGUUAUCCGUUGGAUCGGUUAGUCCAUCAUCAUCAACCACUCCUCCACCGACGAUCCCGACGGUUCUGCCAUCUUCACCUUCGACCAACCUCAGCACACCCAUUGAAUGUAAGGCAUUGCCCAGCGAAAUAACCCGAACCCGAUCGUCUUUGGCAAUAUCUUCAAUUGGUUCUCAAUCCUGCUCACCACCUCCGACACACACCACAGCACUAACGAGGGAAGGGUCUUCCGUGGCCGCCGGAGCCGUACAAAUACCGGAGGUCAACGAGAGGAUACCCGGACCAUCAGCAAUUCAGUCACAGUUGAUUGAUUCGCAUGAUGAUGUGGAGCAUUGCAUUCCUGCCACAUUGAUCCAUGACCCGUUGACCGGCCACCAUGCUGAACAACCACGUGAAAUGGCCAGCCCUAGAUGCCAAUCGAGGGAAUCGUCGUCGGGCGGUGGACGCUGUCCAUCGGAUGAGUCCAUCCGCUCGGAGGGUGAGCGUGAUGAGCAGGGCGCGGGCAACAACCUGAGCCCGGUUUCGAUCACGCUUCCACCGACGUUACCACCGGUCGCUGCAGCCGCCCUCCUGCCUCAGCAUUCGGCCGCCAUGGCGGCGUACCUAAACGUAGCAGCCGUUGCAGCACAACAGAACCGGCUGCUGCUGGGGUCGCCGCUCGCCGCAGGUCUCGCCUCGGUUCGGAACGGUUCGCCCCCUGUUCUGCCACUACGGUCACCGACGGACGAAAGUGACGACGCAACGGUGCUCGACUUUAGCAAGAAGCGAGGCUCCGGUGGCGGUGGCGGUGGCGACGACGACGACGAGGACGACGAUGAGGACGAGGACGGUGGUGAAGGUGGCGGGGUGGGUGGAGCGGGAGGACGUGGAAGCCGUGGUGGAGAUGGCGAUGGUGACGGUGAUGGUGGUAGUGAUUGUGGUGAUGUGGUCAACCUCAGCCAAAAAUCCGGCAUCGGCGACAACAGUCCGCUGGAUCUGUCCGUGAGCCAUCGGAAGAGGACGGGCAAUGAGGAUGGAGCAUCACCGCCACCGCGCAAAACGACCCGCUCGCUCGACUACAAACCGGCCAUUGUGACACCCUGGAGCACACCGGUCACUCCCCAGCUACCGUAUCUGGCUGCGGCAGCUGUAGCGGCUGCUGGUCUGUCGCCCAAGAACAACCACCACCAGCAUUCCAUGCACGCGGACAGUUGGAAUGGCAAGCACAAAUCAGUUGCAGCUGCUGCAGCAGCAGCCGCGGCCGCUGCCGCCGUUACGAACGACGCCACGAAGGCACUGGAGAAGAUGUCGGAGCUGAGCCGUUUGGGCGGUGAAGAUAUCUACCGAUCGCCGAGCACUGGGAAUUCGGGUGGUGGCGGCGGUGGAGGCGGUGGAGGUGCGGGCGGCGGUGGUCGACACAGUGCUUGGCAGUCGCACUGGCUCAAUAAGGGUGCCGACUCGGCGAAAGAUGUGCUGAAGUGUGUUUGGUGCAAACAGAGCUUCCCUUCGCUGGCCGCCAUGACAACACACAUGAAGGAGACGAAGCACUGCGGUGUGAAUGUGCCACCCGGUGGCGGUGGAUCUGGUGGACACGCGCAGCAACCGAUUCCACCACCGGCCCAGGGCAACAAUAUGGGUGGACAGGGUGGACAGGGCGGGCAAGGGCACGGUGCCGCUUCGAAACCGUCGCCAAGUGAACUGAACAUGCUAAUCAAGGAAACGAUGCCACUGCCGAGGAAGUUGGUCCGCGGACAGGACGUUUGGUUGGGCAAGGGUGCGGAACAGACGCGUCAGAUUCUAAAAUGUAUGUGGUGCGGUCAGAGCUUCCGCACCUUAGCAGAAAUGACGGCACACAUGCAGCAGACGCAGCAUUACACUAACAUCAUCUCGCAGGAGCAGAUCAUCUCGUGGAAGUCAUCCGAUUCGGAUAAGUCAGGUGGUGGGGGUCCUGCAGGUGCGGCCGGUGGUCCUGGUCCAAGCGGAGGUGCAGGCCCCAACGGUGGAGGCCCUGGUGGUGGGGGUGGUCCAGGUGGAGCAGCGAAUGCUGCCGCCGCUGCACAAACCAACAGUCACGUCAGCGCCGUACUAACAUGCAAAGUGUGCGACCAAGCGUUCUCCUCGCUGAAGGAACUCAGCAACCAUAUGGUGAAGAAUGCACACUACAAAGAGCAUAUCAUGCGAUCGAUCACCGAGAGCGGAAGCCGCCGACGACAGACGCGGGAAAAGCGCAAAAAGUCCCUACCGGUGCGGAAGCUGCUCGAGAUGGAGCGCGCCCAGCACGAUUACGGCAAGAACGGUGUAGAGACCGGUCCGAACUCGGCAGCGGCAGCUGCUGCCGCCGUGGCAGCGGCCGUCAACGCCGCCAACAAACCGUUGCGAGAUCUCGGCGCGGGCAAGAUUACCUGCGAGAAGUGUAACGAAAAGAUCGAAACGACCAUGUUUGUCGACCACAUUCGGCAGUGCAUUGGCGGUACGGCACUGCUGGCCGCUCAGCAACAGCGCGAUAAGCUGAAGAACGCACUGCUCUCCAACACCAUCAUCCCACCCGACUCGAUCUCACCCGUAACGCCGACUGGGCGCGAUGGUCGCAAGAGCGUUAGUGACGAUUUGGCAUCUCCACUUUCCUCCCAGAAGUCACCGCUCGGGUCCGACCUGCUCUCACCGGUGUCGAUGCUCAACAAGAAGGACGGUAAUGGUGGCGGUGGAGGUGAAAAGAGUUCCUCACCCUCGGUGCUGAACGCGAUCGAGCAGCUGAUCGAGAAAAGUUUCGAUACACGCUCGCGUCAUGGUGGUUCGAACUACGCCGGUGGUGGUGGGGGCGGUGGUGGCAGCGGUAAUCAAAGCUCGACUCCGCUCGGUUCCAGCAUACUGAAGCGGCUCGGUAUUGAUGAGAGUGUAGACUACACCAAGCCGCUGGUCGAUCCGCAGACAAUGAAUCUGCUACGGUCGUACCACCAUCAGCAGCAGCAGGCCCAGUACGCUUCGCAGCAGUUCGGUCGCCGUGAGCGUAGCGGCAGCGAAUCAAGCUCCAUAUCGGAACGAGGCAGCAGCCGGAUGGAUUCGUUGACUCCCGAGAAGAAGUUCGAUACGCCGAGUCAUUCCACACCGCGCGGUACACCAGACAAACCGUACUCGGAGCAAGCCGACGGCCAUCACCAUACGGAUGGGUCGGAUCUUCACGGGCAGCCACCGAUCAAGCGGGAGCUACACAGCGACGAUGAGUCACCGGAGGCCGAGAUUAAGCCGGCACCCGAGCAGGGCAAGAUCCGCAUCAAAAAGGAGCUCAUGCCGGAGGAUGGCGACGAGCAUGAUGCCGAUCACGAGAUGCGGCCACCGAGCAAAUCCCAGCAGCAUCAGCGUGAUGAUCGUGACGAUCAAGAACCACCGAGACGGAGCAGUGUCGCGUCCAGCCCUGCCCCCAGUCCACGUCUAUCGACCGCCAGCGUUCCGCUCAGUCCGGCCGCCAGUCCGCUCAGUGACCAUCAUUCCAUCGCUUCCCGGUCUACGCCCGGUGCGGACUGCAGCUCGAAAAAGUCAUCCACCGUCAGCAGCAGCCUUGGUGCCCUCUCGUCCAUGUUCGAUAGCUUGACCGGCGCUGGCAGUGGUUCGACCGGUGGUGGUGAUGCGGGCUCAACCGGUGGUUCCGGUGGGAAGAAAUCGAGCGCCCACCCGUUGGCCGCGUUGCAGAAGCUUUGUGAUAAGACGGAAACACCAUCGGCCGGUGGUGGCGGGAGUCGCGGUGGUUCGAGCAGUUCUGCGUUGUUGGCAGCCACCACCAACAGCACCGGUUCGCGGACAGCUCCCGGAGCCAUCCUGGCAUUUAGCUGGGCCUGCAACGAUGCCGUCGUGUCGGAGGACGUUGCCGGUGGCACAAUCAAGUGCGCGUACUGUGAUACCACGUUCGGUUCGAAGGGUGCCUACCGGCACCAUCUCUCCAAAGCUCACUUCGUUAACGAUGAUGUCAUUCCGGAUCCGAAGGUUCCGGGCGGUGGUUCGGGUGCCCUCUCGCUUGCGGCCACCAGCGGUGCACAGUCGCUCAAGACACGUUCCUCACCCGCACCGAACUCCCCGAAAUCGACCGGCUCGACUGCUCCGCUGUCACUGGUGACCGGGUCGUCUGCCGGGUCGUCCUCCUCAUCCGCCUCCUCGACGGGCCGGGAAAGUGUAGAACGGCGCGCGGGUCAUGAGUCGGGCAAUGGACCAUCGGCCAAAAGUCCUCCGCCGUCGCAGUCGCCCGCCUUCGAUGAAAGUCCUCACUCCAAGUUCCUCAAGUACACUGAGUUAGCGAAGCAACUGUCGUCCAAGUACGUCUGA